UGAAGAACUGUCCAAAUACUGCUCACUGACAGACAACUAGCCUGCCCAUUCACGACCGCCGACACACUUGACACGCUCGCCAUCUUUUGUAUAAUUUCAAUACACAUAAUAGGUUAAUGUGUGCUGACCCCUUCGCUUAUGAUUGGUUGAGAUUUGUGCUAUCCCAACGGGGUAGCAAAACCCGAAAACAUGAAGAAAAUCAUAAGAAGUUCCUGACAAGUUGAGAAAGGCCUCGUGGCUGCGCCACUCGUUCACGUGGUCUCCGGUCCAGCCGCUUUGCAGCUACACAUGAACACAGCCACGAAGGCCUUGAUGAAAGGCUAGAAAAUUCCCCGUAGCUAGUUUUGAAUAGGACCUGGUGGCCUAUGCGUUUACAACGUCUGUGGGCCGGAACUUCCUCCAUAACUUCGACCGUUCCGAGGCGGAGGGUGGAAUUUGUUUUACCCGUACUGUCACACGUAGUACAGAACAGUGCGGUCUUCGCAGAGAAGUAUAGCUGACGACACUGAUGUGACUAGGUGUUAAUCCUCGAUUUUGCUCUUCUCCACGGAUUGUUCUUGGGUCCACGCCUGACCUGACCUGACCAAGUUGAUCCACCCCCCCCGAUAUGGGUUAGAAGUCUGCCAAGUUCUGUAGGCCUACUUCCUUUCAAAGAGAGCGUCAACAUGUUUUCAAGGAAAGGAUCCAUGGAUGAGAUGGAGGCAGCGAAGCUGGCCUCCCUCAAACACUAUCUCAGCCGGGAGCUGUCCUCUUCCAUCAAGAAGCUUCAAAAGGAUCACAUCUCAUCGGACUCAGCGAUACGAAGUGGAGAAAUAGCCAACAGGAUCUGCAAUCUGAUUGAAGCAGUGCUUCUCCACCAUCUGAAGGAGUCAUACAGCAGUAAAACUCCGUGGCCAUUUCUGAUGAAGUUCACCCACAAGGAUGUCAUUUCCCAACUUAAGGGGUUAACCCAGGUCAACACAGAGAUUGGCUACUGCAGGGCAUGGGUUAGACUAGCUCUUAACGACGGCCUCAUGGAUAGUUACAUGGACGCCAUGCUGUCCGACGUGAAGGUGAUUCAGAGCCACUACAAGAGAACGUCCUUCUUGCGCGACCCGGAAGAGCCGCACAUCAUGAAAAACUAUCUGCAAGGCCUGGUCAAUUUCACCUUCCAACUGUCCUUCAACUCCUCUCUGCUGAAUGUGUGGGGAGCGGCCCCUAUGAUCCUGGCGGGUUCCUGGGAAUCGCCCAGGGAGAGGACCCAGAGCAACCCGAACACUUCCAAGAGAAUCGUCACAGGUGGGCCUCCUCUAGGAAUACAUCAAGGAGACCGAACAACACAGGAUCUGCUGGUGACUAAGACGAAAGGGGAUGGCACCCAUCCGCCUAGGGACAGGGGCCUGUCUUUUGAAGAGAGCUUCCACGAGUGUGAGAUCAGCAGCACCCUCCUGCGCAGCCCCUCCGAGGAUGGAUCCACCCUGCUGAGAAUGGGUGGGCUCACCGUUUCCACUGAUGCGGACCCAACCACUCCAGAGAACGGGGGAGGCCUGCCUGCUUCGGACAAGGACCUGCCUGAAAUUCGACAGGACAGCUAUGAGGAUAGUAUCGUCAUCCACAUGGUAUCAGAGAGUCCUGCCAACCACACUGACUCCAAAGUCGAGAGUGACAGAGUUGAAACAGUUUAUCAGGCGGCAGAUGACAGCAAAGCCAAAGAAUUUGAGGUGAACAUGGAAGAACGUCAGACGGAAAGAAAGGAGAAACCCUCUGAGCUUAAUGUGAAGCAAGAUGUGUCAGGCAGGGAACCAGUUAAUCCAUUCAGUAUCCUAGAAACCAACUUGCACAUCCCUUGCCAGACCGACAUCUACGACGCCAAAGAAAAUGCAACUCCAAAUCCAGAGACACCCCACGACGACCACCAAACAGGGACCCAAGAGGGCGCUGUUGAGGCGGUGCAACCACCGGCAGAUGUAGCCAAGGGAAGCCCCGAUGAGGGCGGCAAUGAGGAAGACCCCCAGCAUGUCCAUGGCAACAGCCUGGGGGCCAUGAGCGGCUGGUCUUCAGAGUUUCAGAACCAGCUCUCGCCGGACACGCCAAGCCAGGAAUCAGUACCCCCGGAUGCUUCUAAAACACUCAGUUACAAAACCAUGCUACAGCAGUAUAGCCUACAGGGCCCCCAGCCCCCUACGUCAUUCCCAGAAGCCUUGGAUCAACGGACAGACAACCAUCAAGCCCCGCCCAUAGAAGGGGCGUUAACAUCUCGUGCCCGCAGUCCGUCUGACCUCGACGACUUGCCCUCAGACUUUGAGGUAAUUCCUUUAAGUACCUCACCAACAUCACAAUACGCCGACGCUAGAACGCAAUCUCUACUGGCGAUGAUCACCGAGAUUGGUCGAGAGAAAGGCUUGGACAAGCAAAAUUACCAGUGCAAAGGUUGCUCCAGGCCAGUUGGCAUAAUUUACGGAAAGGCACGGGUCUGUAGCUAUGACGGCAAUUACUAUUGCUACGAGUGUCACAAGGACGAUGAAGCCGUCAUUCCAGCUAGGAUUCUGUACAACUGGGACUUCCGUAAGCACAAAGUUGCUGUGCACACCAAGUUGUUCCUGCAGCAGAUUGAAGAGAUGCCACUGAUCGAAGUGAAGGAAUGCAACAUGUCGCUCUACAAAGCCUCCUCUGAACUUGCCAAUGUCUUGCGAGUACGUACUCAGCUGAAAUACUUGAAGGCGUACCUGUUCACGUGUAAGCAGUCAGUUGCUGAAGGACUCCGUAAGAGAAUCUGGCCACGAGAGUACAUGCUGGACCAUGUGCACCUGUACUCAGUCAUGGAUUUUCUCCAAGUGCAAUCGGGCGUGCUGCUUCACUUUCUGAGGAAAGUCAUUGUCUUUGCGGCCAAGCACGUCCAGCAGUGUGCCCUCUGUAGUCAGAAAGGCUUCAUCUGUCUCAUCUGCGAGAGUCCCAAGAUCAUCUAUCCAUUUGACACCGAUCUGACUGUCCGAUGUGAUACCUGUAAAACUGUUUUCCACAAGGCCUGCAAGUCAGACGUGACGCCAUGCCCAAAAUGCAAGCGACGCCUUCUCAGAAAUCAGCAACUGCAGGCGUCACCCCAAGAUCUGGAUUUUGCGUCCCCAUUUACAUAACCAGACCAAAAAAAUUUAAACUCCAUGACAGCUCCAGUAGGUGCAGGUAUCCACAAUGUAGUUAUAAACAUUUUUAGUUCAUUGAACAUGUAUCUUCAUAAUGACAUCGGCAGCACUAUAAGUUACAAAAAUAUAUCAGUCCUAACGUAGCCGAAAGUAUCUUCCAGAGUUCCCCAGGAGGCCUUUGGAGGAUUUACAUGAUUAAGAAAGAUCUUUUGGGACAGGUGAGAAUUCUGGGUUUGCACAGUGGCUGAUUUCAGAGGAUUAAGACAUUUUCCUGGCAAAGAAGCCUGGGGACUUGUGAUUCUCAUCAAUUUACAUGAAGUGAGUCAUUUGUAAUCAACCUGAAACAUGUAUGUGCUUCGCUGUUUUUUUUUCCAACCUCGUGUCCUCCACCUAUUUCAACUUUACAUAAACCCCUAAGCACUGUAUGUGUUUUAAGGUUGUAUUCACAUUACUCAACAAAGGGCCCAUUUUUCUGGAGUGACCGUGGGAAGUGACCAUGGGAAACUGACCCACGCAAACCAACCACUGAAAACUGACCAGCGGAAACGGGCCGUGUGAUGUGUCGGUGCCAGGUCUGCUCUGUGCUUUUUGUAAUCAAAGCUAGCAUUUUGUUGCAUCUCACCUUACCUGGUACACGACCGACCUAUUGUUCGGAUCCACAGGAGAUAAAUGAGGUUGUAACAUGAAUACCCGUAUGUUUAUGUGACUGGCUUUUUUGUUUUAAUUAACACUCCAUGGUGACAGUUUUGCAAUCCACACGCGUCUGGUGAGGCCAAUUUUAACAAAGCUUCGCACACAAGUUUGUAUCGCUUGGAAGAUGCCUUCCUUAGCAGCCGUAUAUUCUUUGCUACAAGUUUAAAAGUAACACUUGUUUCACAGUUAUCGUGUCAUAGAGUAUCUUCUGUCAUGGAACUUCGGACAAUUUGCAAACAGACUCAGAAAUUGUUUCUGCAGCAUUUAUUCUACGCAACUCUGCUUACAAAAUGAACUACAGAACCUUGUGCAACUGGGACAGAAAACAUUGCAUCAAGGAAUUCAAUGUGCAAUAUGUCAUAAAACUGAGCUUCGAACAACUACAUGUAAUGGGCUUUUCAACCGAACAUGGUCAGAGUCCACAAUGGGUAGGUUGUCAACACGACUGAAAAACCAAUGUCUUUAGCUGUGACUUUUCUGGAAACUGUUGGCAAACAUUAGCUUAUUGUGGGUAAUGAAAUGCUCAGAUAUGUACCAUAACGAAAUGUUUCUAAUGUGUAAUGUAUAAUUGGUGAGUUUUCAAUUGUGAGGGUAAUGCUAAUUUAAUAUUGAUCUAUGCGAUCUGUAUCAAAAUCCCAAGUAUUACUGGUAAUAAAGCAAACCAAAUUGCCGAAUGCA